CAAUUACCUCUAUUAACAGUUCUUCGUUGCAAAAACUCAAACGAACGAAGGCAAAAAGACCACAGCCGAAGCAGGGUCGAAGUGAGGUGUUCUCUUGAGAAAAGCAAGCAAUCAAAUGGAAGUCCCAGGAUCAUCAAAACCAAUGAUAGCAACACAAGCAGAGAUGGCAGAGGCAAGAGUUCCAAUCCCAUACAGAGACCAAUGCGCCCAUUUACUGAUCCCACUUAACAAGUGCCGUCAAGCUGAGUUUUAUCUGCCAUGGAAGUGCGAGAACGAGCGUCACGCUUAUGAGAAGUGUGAGUAUGAGCUUGUUAUGGAGAGAAUGCUUCAGAUGCAAAAGAUCCGUGAGCAAGAGGCUAUGCUUAAACAACCAAAUAAAGGAAACACUACCAUUUCUCUUAUCCCUAAAACUGCUGGGGCUUAGAUGCAAGGUUCAUCAUGUGGGUUUUUCUCCUUUCCUUUUUCAUGCUUUCAAAUUGGUGAGAGAUGGAUCCCCCAAUGUCUAUGCCCACUUACAGUGGAAAGUUAUUUGAGACUUUGACAGGAGAUGCAUGUAAAAGACUCCUCAAUACUUUCUUGGUCUUUUGUCAGUUGUGCAACAUUGUUCAUUGAAUAAAUUUCUAACUGGCUUUUUGACAA